CGUAAAGAUGGACAGAAAUGUAGAUGAAAAAGAUCAGUAUAAAUUUAACUGGAGGGCUCGACACACAACUGCAGUAAUAGGAGAGGUCCUGUACUGCUGGGGAGGGGACCAAGGAUUAAAUGAAUCAGAAUGCAAUUGCAGCGGUGAUUUUCCUAAAAAGAGAGAACAUAUUUCUGUUAUUGAUAAGUUUGACUUUUCAUCUGGUGUUUGGUCCUCUCGACGUACUAGUGGUACUCCUCCAUUGGGAAUCAGAGGAGUCUCUUGUACCACCAUUAAUAAUAAUAUUUAUUAUUUUGGUGGUUUUUGUGGCCAUGGUAGCUGUUAUCAUAACAGUUUGAACUGUUUAGACACUUUAACUCUUCAAUGGAAAGAAUUACAACCAACUGGUGACAAUUAUGUGACUAAGAGAGGCUAUGGUGGUAUGAUAGCAAUGGGAAGUGAAGGCUGUGGACCUCAACAAUUACUGGUUAUUGGUGGACUUGCUCCAGUAUCAAGUACUACACACUGUCAUCCUCAAUUUAAAUACAGGAAGAUACCUUAUCGGCUCGAUCGUCUUAGUACUAAUGAACAGAAUAUCUACAACCUGUAUAGCGGACAAUGGAUUAUUCCAUAUGUUAUUGGACAGUGUUUUUUACCAACUAAAGAGUUAAUAAUUGAAAAGAUCAGUCAUAAUAAAGGAAUUAUGUAUGGAGGAGCAGUACAUGAUGGUGAUAUCAGUGUACCUACUAACAGCAUCUACUUGUUUGAGUUUUCACAUAAUGAUACUACAAUAAACUGGAAGUGUCUUAACAAAGGAUCAAUACCUAAUGAUGGACUGUGGUCUAAGGAGAGAUAUACUCAUGCCAGUACUAUUAUCAAUGGUGCCUCUACCUCACCUAUACUAGUAGUGAUUGGAGGAACAGAUAGUCAUGAUAAACCACUGAAUGAAUGCUUGUUAUUAGAUACAAACCAGUACAAUUGGAUUCAGUUUCCUCUACCUGAUUCUGUUACUGGCAGAUACUAUCACACUGUAUCAUCUUUUGUUGUUGAUCCUAAUCAUGUGUUCCUGAUAGUAUUGGGAGGUUAUGCAAAGACAACGCAGAUUGAUGUAGGAGGAGGAGCAAUAGAUUGGAUUAAUACACCUGUUACUAAUUCUCAUAUCACAAUGGUAGUAGAACUAGUUUUUCACGAUGGUCAAUGGUCAGUGGAAUCAGUCAGUAGUGGGAUGUUUAGAAUGAACAAUCAAUUACUUUGGGAAGAAUUAUUGAAGAUUAAAUCAGAAAAGAGUUUGCUAGAAACACAACUACUAGAAACUAAGACUCUUCUUACUAAACGAAAGAGAGACCAAGAGGACUCACCACACUCAAAUUAUUCAAAGAAACUUAAAACUAAUGAGCUAGAGGAAUCAGUGGAGGAGGAACAAAUAAUGACUGAUGAAGAUAAUGAGAAACUUAGAGCUACAGUUGCUUAUAAUGAAGUAUAUAUAACUGAAAUAGAAGAAGAGAAGAAACAAGUAGAGGAACACCUCCAGAUUAUAAUUGAUGAUUUAAAGUUCAAAUUAUCUGAGAAAGAUGCACAAAUAUCCAAACUAAUGAAGGAAAAAUCAGAAAAGGAGGCACAAGCAGAAAAACACCUCAAAGAAAAGCAGAAUAAAUUGGAUUUUCUGAGUGAUGUCCAAGUAGCAGAGAAGAAGCUGUUCUUAAUUCAAGGAGACAAACCUCAACUGAUGAAUUGGGAGAAAUAUGGUCUAAGGAUUAGAGUACAAGAAGAAAGCCUAUUGUCCUCUGAGACAGUAGAAGCAGCAGUGGUUGCUCUUGUAGGAGGACAGUUCGAGUUUCCUCCUAAUACUGUCCUAGUGAGUGCUGUGUAUGCAGUAUCACUCUCAAAGCCUCUCCUCAAACGACUCAAGUUAGAGAUACAGCACUGUGUUGAUUUAACAGGACAACCAGAUCUUGCACAAUACUUAAAGUUUGCUAUAGCUCCAGUCGACACACCCAGUCUUCCUUACCAGUUCUCAAUAGUUGAGGGAGGAAAGUUUAGGUCUAAUAGUGGGUAUGGAUCCAUUCAACGUAAAGAAUUCUCUUUUACUUGUAUUCUGGGGGAAGACUCGACUAAUGGAGGAGGUAAUGGUGUCCCUAUAGCACCAUUUAAUGGAGACACAGAGGAAGGAGAAGAGGAAGAGGAGGAACAGCAACAACAGCAAGGGGAGGAGGAGGAGGAAGAGAUUCAGCAGGACUUGCAGCAAAAAAAGGAUGAAGGUGGGAAUGAGGACAAAGGAGAUGAUGAUGAUGAUGAUUCUUCUAGUGAUUCCUCUGGUAUCACUAAUAAGAAUAGCAGUAUUCCAGAAGCUAGUGGAGCUGCUAAAAAGCCUAUUAAUGAGAAGGAAUUUAAGGACAAUGAAGAUAAAGAACAAAGUAGCAGUACAGAAUUAAUUCCUCAUCGUAAAGAUAAAGUACAGUCCACUGGUGUAAGGAAAGCUGUAACAUAUGCUGGUCUGGUUUAUUAUGAGGAGAAAGGUGUAGAGGAUAUGGUGACAUUCACUGCAGCUAAGAAUUUGGAAGUACUCAUUCAAUUUAUUGAACAGAAACACUCUCAAGCUGAGAUUGGACCAGAUAUUUCAUUUUGUUUUAAGUUUCCUUAUGAUUACGUUGAAUUAAACUUGACUGCAGAACAAGAUGAACCAUUCACUGGAUGGAUACUUAGACCUCACACUAAACCCACCAGAUUAUAUCAAGAGGCCAUUGAUAAAUUUGGUGAUAAAGAGCAUUCUCGUCCUUCAUGUUGUCUCAUAUCAGUUUAUGGAUCACCUGAUGCUGUACCUUUUCUUAAUUACUUCAUACCACUGGAAGGUGUGGCUCAUCCAGUUUCAUUAAACAUUCAUAGAGCACGAAGAAAUCUCACUGUUCCUGUUCCUCCUUCAACAAAUCCUACGACUUCCUCCUCCCCCAAUGUAGUACAUGAAUCAACUCCAUUAUCUACUGGAGAAGCCAAUGCUCCUAGCAGUAGUGGCAAUGAUGAAACUACAGUACCAACUAAAAGAAGCAGAGAAGGAGGUUUUGAUAUUAAAACAGCUAAACAAAAGAUCAAAGAUGUUAUGACUGAGAAUCGCACUGAUUUUGCUGCACUCCUCCAGUUUUCUCUGGUCCAUGUUGCUAACAAAUUGUCUGAGGUUCAUAUGAUUCCUCCUGAGGUUCAACAGUCACCAACUUAUGAUGCCAUAUUUACCUGUUUUCUGUCUAUGAUGAGUUUAUUGGACUCUAAGUCUGACCUAGAGAAACAUUGUGUGAAGUAUCUAGAGGCUCUGUCUAGUGUUGGGGGACCAAUAGAAUUUGCUGCUAAUCUCUUGAGGGAAAAAUGGACAACAGCUCUAGAGGGAGCACUUGAGUUUGAACAGUCUGUGAAAAGAGUUAGAACUAAUGAUAAAUGAUGUUGCACUUAAAUGAUUUUAAUUUGUAGCUAAUGUUAUAUUUUGUAUUUUAAAAUGCUCUAUUUAUGUAAUGCUCCAUUCUUCUGGUUCUUUUUCAAGUUGAAAUUCAAAAA